UUUGUUGUUUCGACUCUGGCAACAUCGCAGUCGCCUGUAUCUUGCAUUCCUGACUGGCAAAGCCAACUCGUUCUGCACUGGCUUCACAAGAACAUUGUAUCACGGCUUCGUUAUGUCGUCUCUCGAAUCUCCAUCUGCGCGAGAUCCCCCGCACAUUCGCCUCAAUUCUGGGAACGAAGAUCCACUCAUGAAUGAGCCUGCGGAGAGUCCUGUAGGGGGACCGGCCCGACAGGACUCUGCACGCUCUCUGAUUCCUCAACGGCCUCCUUCAGUGCCAUCAAUUACCGCAUCUCUUCCUGGUUCAAAUGGCCUCUAUACCUCACCUGGUGUUGCUGAAUCGGCAGAACGACUGUUACCGCCGAAACGUUCACGCACGCACAGAUUCCGUGAUGAUGAUUCUCCUGCUCGGUCGCCAGAUCCAUCGGGCUAUUCUUCGAGAAGGACGAGUUGGAGCUCAGAAAGCGGCAGCCGUGAUAGCAGAAUGGGCCCUUUCGCUUCUCCAUUUGAUGACUCUAGAGCACCUUCCCGCGCUGGGAGUGAUGACGACAACGUGAAUACACAAACAGUAUCUGAAAAAUACAAUAUUCUGCCCUCUGCUGGUCUGUUAUUAUUUCCAGAAGACGUGGAGAAGGAUGACUGGCUGCACAAUCCUGAUCCGAACGAGAAAGAACCAAGGGAGUGCGAUUUGUUCUCCAAACGAGGAUUUGUCAAUGUUGGUGGAUUACUCUUGAUUACUCUUGGGCUUUUGGCUCUGUUCAUCGCCUACCCCAUCCUUACUUUUGUACAAAAAAUAAAUUACUCCAACCAUACCUGCGCCGCAGACCCAGACUGUCUAGACGCCGACAGCAUUCCUUUAUUCAAGAACAUCCGCCAAGGCCUCAUUGAUCCAACCACGCCUGACUCAGCCAAAACGCGGACCAGUGUCAAUGGAAAGACAAUGAAUCUAGUUUUUUCUGACGAAUUCAAUGUUGACGGCCGUACCUUCUACUCCGACGACGAUCCAUAUCUCCAAGCUGUUGAUCUCUGGUACGGUGUGACGCAAGAUAUGGAGUGGUAUGAUCCUGAUGCCGUGACUACGAAGGAUGGUGUUUUAGAGCUCCGGUUUGACGCAUACCAAAGCCACGGCCUCAACUAUCGAUCUGGGAUGGUUCAGUCGUGGAACCAGAUGUGUUUUCAGGGGGGUUACAUGGAAGCAAGUAUUUCCUUACCGGGGCGUGGUGAUACUAUUGGUUUCUGGCCUGGUUUUUGGGCUAUGGGUAACCUUGGCCGACCCGGUCAUGCAUCUACCACGGAUGGUCUCUGGCCGUACAGUUAUUCCGACGUCUGCGACGCGGGUAUCACGAAAAAUCAAAGUGCUCCUGAUGGAAUAAACCUGUUGCCAGGUAUGAGACUACCGGCAUGUACUUGCAGUGGUGAAGACCACCCAUCUCCUGGAAAAUCUCGAGCGGCUCCCGAGAUUGAUGCCCUCGAAGCGAGUGUGACAUUUCUCGGACCAGGCAAUCAAAAUGGUAUCGGAUCUGCGUCUCAGAGUGCACAGGUUGCCCCUUUCGAUAUUUGGUAUCAACCGGAUUACGACUUCGUUGAGCUUUAUGAUCCUUCGAUCUCUAUGAUGAACGCGUACCGUGGAGGUGUCUACCAGCAGGCUCUCUCUGGUGUCACAAACCUGAACAAUGACUGGUAUGACGGGAAAGCAUAUCAGACCUUCGGUUUCGAAUACACACCUGGUGGCCCCCCCGACGGGAAGAUCACAUGGUAUGUUGGGGAACAGAAGACCUGGAUGUUGGACGCCCGAGCCAUUGGCCCGAAUGGUAAUAUUGGCCAGAGAUGGAUUCCUAUUGAACCCAUGGCCUUGGUGAUGAACUUCGGCUUGUCGCAAAGCUUUGCGAUGCUUAAUUUGACAGGAUUGGCUCCACUGAUGCCGGCAAAGAUGAGAUUCGAUUAUGUGCGUAUUUACCAAGAGGAGGGCAGUGAGAGUGUUACCUGCGAUCCUCCUGGCUAUGAGACGACCGAGUACAUCGAGAAUCAUAAGGAUAGCUAUUACAACCCAAAUGUGACAUCAUGGGAUCAAACUUCACAUUCGUGGCCGAAGAACAGCUUUGUGAAUGGAUGCUAGCUGCGGCCGGUUCACCUCAGUUCUUCAUUCUAAAUUCUUGUUAAUUGUUUUAUCUUCAUCGGCUUCUUUCUAGGCCGAUGAUAAUUGCGCCGUAUGCAAAGGAAACAUUCGCGUUGACGAUCUUUCGCACUUUGCGCGUGCAACCUCUUGUUCUUUUCAUCGUCCUAUGCAUAGCGGAGUUGGCGCUCUUCGUUAGCUUUGGUUACGCCUCUGGGUUCCAUUUUACGAGCAACAGUCAAGGAACGCUCACUGUCUAUUAUUCAUUUUAGUUUACCGGCUUGUGAUAUAUCUGACUUUCUGUCAUGCACUUUUCUGUCUUGAUUUGAAUCACAUUUUC